GUGUCUAGCACCACAGAGUGUCUGGGUCUGUGAGUAUCCCGGUGCCAUUUAAACCCGCUCCAGGUUCCGGGCGAUCAGCUUGCAGCCUUUGUUAUCUGCUGGCGCAGCCAGCUGGCCCUUCCCCUUCUCCUGGCCACACCACUCCAGCCGGACCCGGCUUGUCCUGUAGAGAGCGUGCCGUGGGGAGCAUUGGAGACCUCUCCUCUGAGCACAGAGUGGAAGGCUUCAGGCAGACGGCGUGUGUGAGUUUGCACACGCGUGUGGCCCGCGUGAGCCUGUGAGCGCUGCUGGCCGUCUCGGAAGCAUGAGCCCCGGGUGGAUGGAUCUCUUUUGCAGAAGCUGCAGGAACCCAAACAGGUGCACGGAGCCAGCGUCAGAGUCCUCAGAUGGCUGGAAAGCAAUCUCCCGGGCAGGCCUCCAGCACCUUGCUCCGGCACACCCCCUCAGCCUUCCCGUGGCCAACGGUCCUGCGAAGGAGCCCAGAGCGACUCUGGACUGGAGUGAGAACGCCGUGAACGGGGAGCACCUGUGGCUGGAGACCAACGUCUCGGGAGACCUGUGCUACCUGGGUGAGGAGAACUGCCAAGUGCGAUUCGCGAAAUCGGCUCUCCGGAGGAAGUGUGCCGUGUGUAAAAUUGUAGUCCACACCGCCUGCAUCGAGCAGCUAGAAAAGAUUAAUUUCAGAUGUAAACCAACAUUUCGAGAAGGAGGCUCAAGGUCACCAAGAGAAAACUUUGUGCGUCAUCACUGGGUGCACAGGCGUCGCCAGGAGGGGAAGUGUAAGCAGUGUGGUAAGGGCUUCCAGCAAAAAUUCUCCUUCCACAGUAAAGAGAUUGUGGCUAUCAGCUGCUCCUGGUGCAAGCAGGCGUUUCACAAUAAGGUGACCUGCUUCAUGUUGCAUCACAUCGAGGAACCCUGCUCCCUGGGGGCCCACGCUGCUGUUAUUGUCCCGCCCACCUGGAUCAUUAAGGUGAAGAAGCCUCAGAACUCCCUGAAGGCUUCAAAUCGGAAGAAGAAGAGAACAAGCUUUAAGAGAAAAGCCAGUAAAAGAGGCACCGAACAGGAAAACAAAGGUCGACCUUUUGUGAUAAAACCUAUCUCUUCUCCUCUCAUGAAACCCUUACUUGUGUUUGUGAACCCCAAGAGCGGAGGCAAUCAGGGAACCAAAGUCCUGCAGAUGUUCAUGUGGUACCUGAAUCCGAGGCAAGUCUUCGAUCUUUCUCAGGAAGGACCAAAAGAUGCGCUCGAGCUGUACAGGAAAGUUCCCAAUCUGCGAAUUCUGGCCUGUGGAGGGGACGGAACGGUGGGCUGGAUCCUUUCUAUUUUGGACGAACUGCAGCUAAGCCCUCAGCCUCCCGUCGGGGUCCUGCCUCUGGGGACGGGGAAUGACCUGGCUCGAACUCUCAACUGGGGAGGGGGCUACACUGACGAGCCAGUGUCUAAGAUCCUUUGCCAAGUAGAAGACGGGACGAUUGUACAGCUAGAUCGCUGGAACCUCCACGUGGAAAGAAACCCCGACCUGCCUCCAGAGGAACUUGAAGACGGAGUCUGUAAGCUUCCUCUGAAUGUUUUCAAUAAUUACUUCAGCCUUGGAUUUGAUGCCCAUGUGACACUGGAGUUCCAUGAAUCCAGAGAAGCAAAUCCGGAGAAAUUCAAUAGUCGUUUUCGAAAUAAAAUGUUCUAUGCAGGGGCAGCGUUUUCGGAUUUCCUGCAGAGAAGCUCUAGAGAUCUAUCCAAGCAUGUCAAAGUCGUCUGUGAUGGGACAGAUCUCACCCCAAAGAUUCAGGAGCUGAAGUUCCAGUGUAUAGUAUUUUUAAAUAUACCCAGAUAUUGUGCUGGCACAAUGCCCUGGGGGAACCCAGGCGAUCACCAUGAUUUUGAACCCCAACGUCACGAUGACGGUUAUAUUGAAGUCAUUGGCUUCACCAUGGCCUCUUUGGCUGCCCUGCAAGUGGGGGGCCACGGGGAGAGGCUGCACCAGUGCCGGGAGGUCCUGCUGCUGACGUACAAGUCCAUCCCCAUGCAAGUGGACGGUGAGCCCUGUCGCUUGGCCCCGGCCAUGAUUCGGAUCUCCUUGCGGAAUCAGGCCAACAUGGUGCAGAAGAGCAAGAGGAGGACAUCCAUGCCUUUGCUCAACGACGUCCAUCAGGUGCAAGCCACUGACCUGCGGAGAGUGUCCGCCCCCCCGGGCUCCUUCACCAUCCCCCAGUCUGUCCCAGACCGCCUGAGAAUCCGGGUGAACAAAAUCAGCUUGCAAGACUAUGAAGGGUUCCACUAUGACAAGGAGAAACUCCGGGAAGCCUCCAUCCCUCUGGGCAUUCUCGUUGUACGUGGAGACUGUGACUUGGAGACGUGUCGUAUGUACAUAGAUCGUUUGCAGGAGGACCUGCAGUCAGUUUCUUCUGGCUCCCAGAGAGUUCAUUACCAGGACCACGAAACCGCCUUUCCCAGGGCGCUGUCAGCUCAGAGGCUCUCCCCACGGUGGUGCUUUCUAGAUGCAACUUCUGCUGAUCGCUUUUAUCGAAUAGACAGAUCUCAGGAACAUUUGCAUUUCGUGAUGGAGAUCUCCCACGACGAGAUUUUUAUUCUGGACCCGGACACGGCGCUGCCCCAGCAGGCGGGCACACCUCCAGGAAUGCCUGACCUGGUGAUAGAGCAAGCCUCGGGGAUGGCCGACUGGUGGAGCCCGGUGCUGCGGCAGCGCAUGCUCGGCGACGGCGGGCUGGCCAUGAUAAGUCCGCACCUUGAGGACUCAGGCCUGAAAGAUUACAGCCACUCGCGUGUGCUACAGUCACCCGUCUCUUCAGAAGAUCACGCAAUUUUGCAGGCAGUAAUAACUGGUGACCUUAUGAAGCUAAUAGAAAGCUAUAAAAAUGGAGGCAGCCUGCUAAUUCAGGGACCAGACCACUGUUCACUCCUUCACUACGCAGCUAAGACCGGCAGUGGGGAGAUAGUCAAGUAUCUCCUCGACCAUGGACCUUCCGAGCUGGUGGAUAUGGCAGACAGCGAAACGGGUGAGACCGCACUGCACAAGGCUGCCUGCCAGCGGAACCGGGCCGUGUGCCAGCUUCUGGUGGACGCAGGAGCUUCCCUGAGAAAGACGGACUCCAAGGGCCAGACACCUCAAGACAGAGCACAGCAGGCUGGGGACCCGGAUCUAGCUGCUUACCUAGAAAGUCGCCUAAACUAUAAGAUCCUUGGCCAUGAGGACCUGGAAACUGCUGUUUGACCCUGGUAGAAGGAUAAAGAGAACCUGUGCAAGCAUAUCACCUGUGCCCUCCCGGCAAAGGGGCGGCCCCCUGGAAGAAGCUGCUGGAAUCCAUGUACCUGUCUCUCUCCUCCAGGAAUCUAUCUGAGACCAUGCCACCAGUUUGUAAGGGCUACCCAGAUGGACAAGAGGACAGGCUAGCCCGCUGAGGAUGAAGCAGGAUGGCUGGAGAUGUGUGGAAUAUGAGUUCCACAAAAUUUGAUCCUUAUUGCUUCCAGCAAGUAGCAUGAACUUCUGUGUUCACCUGUAUCAUUUCUUUUAAAGAUUCAAAGGAUGUUCAUGUCAAUGGCACCACCCCCUCCUCCCUCUCUGCCUCUGUCCCUGCCCCGUACCGCACAAUUCUAACGCGACUCCCCACCCACUCAGAACCACCACACGAGUCGCUUUUACAUCCAGCCUUGGACAACCACAGGACUGUCUGAAGGCCUUUUAAAACCCUCUGGAUGUCCUGCAGAAACAGACCUGUCACACCGCUUCCUUCCCUGCGUCCCCACCCACCAAGACCGCUCAGUGACGGUUUGCAUGUGUAGGCCCUCCCGGCCCCCUUUGACCUGACAGGAACUGGGAAGUCCACGUGGGUAGCGUCCGCUUGUGUGCCGCCUCUCUGAGGUAGGGUGAGGUGGCCCGAGCCUGGUCUGUGCUCACGGGGACCUCAGAGAGGUCACCAGGGCUCAGCCCAGGUGGCCACGCGCCGUUGCUGGUCGCCCGGCAGGGCGGGCUCAGCUGGGGCUGUACGCACCACACUGCCCGUGUGUAGCCAUCUUUGCCUUUGCUGCAGGAGAGAUGAGCGAGAAAGGAAACCAAGGUCCGUGGCUAUUUGGCCGAGCUGUUAAGUGCCGCUUCAGUCGCAGAGCAGGACCCCACGUGUGGGAACUGUGCUUACAGGAAACGGAGCGCUGUGACAGGGUUUACUUCCAACCUUUGAGUCAUCGUAGAAAGCAGGCUAAUCGACAUGAAAUAAAACAGCAAAAGCAAAAGUAGCAACAUAUGUCAAAAUAACACAGUUGGGCAAGAAAACAAUCUUGCUUGGCAUUGAGAUGUGGCACGGAGGCUAAUAAGGAUAGACUCUUGGGGGCGGGGUGAGAGGCGGCCCAUUUCAGAUUUUCCUUCUUAGUUUUGGUUUCCCUGACCCCAAGCCAGCCUUGUCUCCAGGACAAAGCCUUGUUUUAUGAGUUCCACUGCCAUUUUCCAGGAUGCCUGGAUCUUCCCGACUGAUGCCUCGCCUUCUAAUGGUCAGGUCCACGUUGGCAUCUAACUGCACUGUGGCCCCGUUUUCAUGGACGGGGUGGUUUAGUCUAUUCUACUUCCCUGACUCUAGUUCUCCAUGCAAAACACUGUGGGAGCCCAGCCAGAAAUAUCUGCCUGGCCCUGAAAUUGCACUUUCUAACCCUGCCACAGAUCUGAUGGCCUCAAGGUACCUGUCUUGGGGACUCUGUGAUAUUAAAGUAUCAAUGGAAAAGGCAUCUAGCUUUGGGUGAAAAUGUCCGCUUGACUUGGGUGUACAUCCGGAGUGAGAACAGGGGACCAAGGGUUUCUUUUCAGAUGGUCAUGGAUGCCCGCUGAGCUGUCUUGCCUUCUGCUCUUGGACCCAGGCAGAGUCCCUCCCCCGGUUCCGUCUCUGCACAUGAGCCUGAGCUGUCCUUUCUGUGCAUUUCUCUUAAAGGUCCAGUGAUGACACACCGCUCGCUUAUUUGAGUCAAAUUUUGAUCAGAGAUCACCAUUCUGACAGCAGACCUGCUGUAUUUCAUGGGAACAGCCUCUCAGUGAAUGGGUGCGAAGUCUCCACUUAGUCUUCGUCAAAAUCAAAAGUUGAGCACGAUGCCUGGUGGUGGGAGGUUGGUUUGGCUGUGAGAAAUCGAGUUCCAUCUGUCAGCCUUAGAAAUGGAACCAGCUCUUGGGUUUUACAGUGAGGAAAGGAGGGACUCAGUAGAUUGUUUCCAGAAGCUGGAAAAAAUUAUAUUCCAGAAGAGUUUAAUCACUGGGACUUCUGCCGGGAGUCUUUCAGUUGGUGGGACUGUCAAAGAGAUGUUGUGAUGACAGAAAUAUAAUCCUUAAAACAGACUGGAAUCUGGCUUUGGCUGGUGCCUUCCAUUCCUAGAUGGAGCCAAGCGUUUGGACACGUCGUCCAUCCCCCCUCUGCCAUUGCUGGGGUGAAGGAUUUUUUUUUUUUUAAACCAACGACCAUCUCAUAUUUCCUGAGAUGCUUCAAAGCAGCCCAGAGAAAAUUUAGGAGUAGGUGGCUAUGGGCCAAUUCAAAUAGCUCCAAUUGAAGUCACAAGUAAAUCCCUGGUAUGAAAAUAGAUGAGGUACUGACGACUGGAGGCGUCCUGUUACAUUUGAAAAUCAUUCCAGGAAAGAAAAAAUAAAAAAGCAUUAGAGUCAGCCCAACAUUAUUGAUGGGGAGCAAUAUUUGACCAAGGCAAAUCUCUCUUGGAAAAAGCAAACAACCCCAGGACUCGAGCUUUCCAAAAAUGAACAUCAAAAAUGAGCAAAACCGUUACAUGUUUAAUGGCUUCAACAUUCAAUCUACCUCCUGUAGCACGUUUCUUUUUUUAAAUUUAUCACGGCAGGUGACAGUCUGGGCUUUCAAAAGAGCACAGGCCAGAGGCUCCAGGAGUCCCCCACAAGGCUGAGGUAGAAGUUGUCCUCUUUAAUGGGCCACCAGGAAGGACAGGAACAAAUGGUCCGGUCCUGCUCCGGAAACUCGCCUCACUUUCAUUUAAAAAACAUAAAACUGCAUCCCCAUAGAAAUGGCAUUUUCUGCAAAACCUACUGAAACAGAACUGCAGAGAGUAGCUGCUUCUGCUCACCUUCUUCUGUGUGUGACUCCGCCGUGCCUUUGUGCGCUGGUCCCUUUUCUCUGAGGUCCCACUUUUAGAUCAGGCUGGUAGAAGUUGAGCUUUAUGAAAAGUUACGAACAGACAACAGAAUGUCACCUUAAUGGUAGUCAGUUUUGAAGCCUGACAUUUCAGGGUCACAGUUAAUGAAGUGGAAACCAGCAAAGCUGUGCUUUAUCUCAUUUGAGGACUUGAUCAAGAACAGAAGUCAAGAAGGAAAUAAAUAGCACAGGUGGGAAUUUCACUUGGAGGGUUCUGGUUUUCCCUGCAGAGGCACUAACCCGAAACCAGUGUGAUUGCUGAGAUAGAAUGCAGCUGGCAAUGACACAUGAAAUUAGUGACGAUCGAUGGAAAAUGUCCCAGCCGCUGGCUCCUCUUUCCUUAUGGCUGGCGUUUUCGAUGCUCAGGCAGGUCUGUUUGUGUUGAGAGAGACGCGACAGGUAGUUUCAUUUUCAUUUAGACCUGGUCAUAGUUUCUUUGCCUAAAGGACUUUUUUUUUUUAUAUAAAGAUUUAUUUAUUUAUUCGUACAGAACUGGG